AUGUUCGGAAGCGACUCGGGAUUCUGCCGCAAAAUCAACAGGGGAACUGGCGCAAUGGUACUUGAUUUUGACUACGCCGCGGGCAUUUGCCAUAUAGCUCCUGAAGCCCCCUUUCCAGCAGCUUAUGAUGACCUAUGCGACGUAGUUGCACAUAUUUUGGCGAACCCGGAUGGGUAUUACGGUACAUCCCGUAUAACCGUUGGCAAAUUCUCGGCAGGUGCUGCUCUGGCUCUCGUGAUCAAUGUGACUAUGCCGGAAGAUACUUUCAGAGCCGUUACCGCAUUCUACGCUAUAACGAACCUACUGCUCACUGGAUCAGAUUGCCCUACCAUCUUGAAGCCAAUCUAA